AUGGCACAACAGGACACCGAUCUCAGCAGUUCCCUCAAGGAAUUCGAAGUCCAUCUGAAUUGGCUGAAAGUUACCACCGCCCCAUUCCUCCAUGCAUCGCGCACACCCAGCCAAGUCCUCCCACUUUUCAAAGACCAAGUGCCAUGGAUCAGCACCUCUGUCACUAUAUUCAGAAUUGGUCAUCCUUACAAGGGACAUUCUGGUGUCCUCAAAAAUGUUCUCCACGGCCAACCGACGGAUAGCGGGCUGAGAAUCGAGAUGCAACUCACCUACCUGGAUCCCUCAAAGCCUUUCCCACUCAUCAUUGUCGACUAUGGCAAUGUCAUUGAAACAAUGUAG